GACGACCAAAACUGCCACCAUCUCCGACUCCUAGGGCUCUCUCCCUCUGCAGCCUUCGACGGGCGACAACCAACACUGUCUCCUCUUCAUGUCCGAUCUCUUCGAAGUCUCGACCUUCUCUCUCUGGGGCACUUAAUCGCAGUGGUUUUCUCGAUUCUUUUGUUUAAGAAUUAAGGGUUUUUUAAGCCUUCGUGAUGGGUUAUUCGAAUUCUUCAAUUCCGUUUCGGGUUUAAUCACUUAAUUGGAAUAAAUUCUAACUGGGAAUCUCUGGUGCAGUGUAGGUGCAUUUUUUUUAUGUUAUUUUUUUUAUUGUUUGACAUGAUUUUAGAAGUAGUUCUGUUUCUAACUCGCAAUAAAUUCCUGGAAUUUACAUAUAUCCAGAAGGAAGUUUGCUAAACGUUUCUUCCAGACGGUUUUCUUAGGGUUAUGUGAUUAUCUAUUCUUCAGGCUUCAGCAACUUUGCAAGAAAAUGGAGAUGGGUCAACAAGAGAUGUAUUUUAAGGUAAAAUAUUGUGCUGAAUGUGUACUUGGAAGAUAUGGUUUAUAAUCUUUGUGAUAUAUGUUUAAAUUGAUUCUUCUUAGUGUUUACCUCAUUAAUGGGUUUAUAUGCUCGGUGUCUGUUGACUCAAACUCUGUACAGAUGCCACUGGCAUGUUGGAUUCUUUUCAGGGGUAGUAACUAAUUUUCUUGAGUGCUGAUUUGUUAUUGUUUGUGUGGAUUAUCAGAUUAUGAAUCUAUUGUUUUGGGGUAAAGAUAUUAAUGACCCUUGAGCUUUAGCUUGUCGAAUUCAAUGACCUUUUACUCUUUUUCAUAUGCAUCAAUUCUGCAUGAUGCUUACUGUGACAUUCGUUUCUCUCUUUUUCAAGUUAGUAUUGGUGAUUUUUUUGUCUUCUGCCAGUUCAUAAGUCCUAAAGAACGUUGAUUUUUUCAACAGGAUCUCUUUUAGUAAUACAUAAGUUUAAAUUCAUUUUGUCCCAUUGCUAUCGUCUAGAUUAUUUAUAUGAUAUUGGGUUGUGUAUUACUUAACAAUAUUAGCUUGAAGUGGUUGAUUGAAACUUGUUUGUUAUUGGUUGAUAUUGGCCGGUCAAAAAGGAAUUGCCUAACAUCUGAGAAUCUGAUUGUUUACUCUAGUCAAUUUAUGAGUUAUGGUAUGAUUCAGAUCUGGAGUCUUUAAUUUGAUUACUUGCUGAUGAGUUUUAUUGUUUCAGUUUAUUUGCUAGAUUCACCUUGCUUAUUGGGGGAUGAACGAUAUACAUUGAGUCAAAUGGCUCUUUUGAUCCAAAGCAUUAUUAUUCAUCAUUUCUUUUUUUAUUUCCUUUUCAUUUUUUUCUUUUAUAUUCAUUUACCUUGAACUGUAUAAUUCAAUAUGUAGAUUUGAAUUUGUUCUGUAUCUAAUAUUACACAAACCUAUGACUUCAUGGUAAGUAAUGUCACUACAUUGUAUACAUUUUAAUAAUCCAAGUUUGAGAGAUGACAUAACCAUUCAAGGAUAACAUGCAUGUUGAGUAAUCUCUCACUACACAGUAUAAGUAAAAUUUAACCAUAUAAGUUUAAGAGAUAAUAUAACCACUCAAGAGACAACAAGUCUUUAGAAUAAUCUACUAGUCGCUACAAUGUUGAUUGAGAACCUUAUCGUGAGAAGAUGUUUGUACAUGGUAGAAGUGCACAGCUAUUCUACUCUAUCAUACAUUUAGAAAGGGUAGACUUUUUGGAUUUUGAUUGUAAAAGUGCAAUGUAGUAAUCUACUGGUUAGCAACAUGUUAGUCUCAGUUAAAGGAGUCAUUUCCUUGUUACUGAUCUUGGGAUUGUCUGCUUGUUUUGUUGCCACAAUGAUGAGGUUCUG